AUGCUAAGGCUUCCUGCUUUGGUUCCAAUCUUGGUUUUUGUCCGUGGACUGAAGGUUUUGGAUCUUUUUAUUGAUUGGUGGAUUUUGUUAUCUAAUAGUAAACAAUCUCUUGAUAAUAGGGAGCUUAAGUUAGCUUGGUUCAUGUGCUGGCAUAUCUGGAAAGCUCGAAACAAUGCAAUUUAUAAUGCUGCAGAGUUGGAUCCUAGACUCACUUUCUCCAGAGCUCAGAAGGAUUUUGAAGAAUUAACUUCAAUUACUAUUUGGCAAUCUUAUUCUCUAAUCAUGCCUCAUAACUCUUUUGUCAAAUGGUCUCUGCCAUCUGCUAGUUUGUUUAAACUAAACGUGGAUGCUUCUUUUGAUGAAUGCCCUUCCAAUGCUGCUUAUGGUUUUUCGUUGAGAAAUGCUUCGGGUUUUUUUCUUGAUGGUGGGGCUGCUGUUUUUUCAUGUUCAUCAUCUCUUGCGGCUGAAGGUUUGGGUCUAAGGGCAGCAAUUAAAUUUGUGAUAGAUAGAAAUCUUGUCCAGUGUUCUAUAGAGACUAAUGCUCUAUAG